UUUUAUUUUCGAUACUUCUACAAUCUUUAGUCUACGUUGUUAAAAUGCGUAAAUGGAUAUCAUUGGUCAGUUAAAUAUAGUUUGACCAAUUAGAUGCCCUGUAACUGUUACAUAUUUCGCUGGAUGUAAACAUCCAAAAUGUCGUUUUUACGCUUUUAUGAUGGCGCAAAGCCAGGUAAGAAAGGUAAGCUAACCGACGAUAAGAAAAAAGAAAAAGCGAAAGAGUACGAGUCUCGAAGGGUGGAAAGAUCUUUCCAAUCAAAAUGGAAAAAUGAAAGAGACUGGCUUGAAUACGACGAAGAAACGAAAACAAUGUUUUGCACUUGCUGUAGGGCAAAUUCACAAUUCAGGUCAGUGUCUGUGAAAGGGAAUACUUUCGUAGAAGGCAGCUGUAAUUUUCGGCAUUCGGCAAUCGUUGAUCAUGAAAAGUCAACACCCCAUGAGAAAGCUCUACGCAUGUCAAAAACAACGCCAUUGACGCCUUCAGAAUUGAAAACUACCGAAGCUGGAAAUGCCUUGAAAAUGUUGCAGGCGGCAGAGCGUAACAAACUGUGUUACCUGUUUAGAAACGUUCAUGCCAUAGCAAAGAACAACAGACCAAUUUCCGAUUAUAAGUGGUUAUGUGAAUUAGAUAUUGCUAAACAAAUUGAAAUUGGAUCAACAUAUAUAAACGAUCAUGCAGCAGUGAAUUUUAUCCAUCACAUUGCUAAGGUUGAACUCUCUCACACAGAAAAACAAUGUAAAGCUGUUCCUUUUCUGUCUUUUCUGAUGGACGGAACUACAGACAUCUCGGGAUCUGAGCAAGAAACAUUGUAUUUACGGUAUUCCAAAACUGGCAAUGUAACCGAGAGGUUUCUGAAUACAAGUUCCCCGAAAUCAACAACAUCUGCAGACCUGUAUGACCACGUAAUUGAUGUGCUCAAACAAACAAAUAUUGACAAAGACAAACUUGUGGGCAUGGGUACUGAUGGUGCUUCCAACAUGACGGGUUCUCGUACAGGAUUAUCAACUUUGAUGAAACAAAGAAUAAAUUCUGAACUAGUCAAUGUUCAUUGCUUAUCGCAUAGACUGGAAUUAGCCUUCAGAGAUGCCAUUAAGAAAAACAAGCAGUAUGAAAAGCUUAUGACAUUUCUCAUUGGCGUACAUUAUUUCUACAAGAAAAGUCACAAACAAAAAACUGGCCUUCUCACAGCUAUCUCCACUAUCGGCAAGGGAGUGCUUCCACCUAAAGUUACAGGAACCAGGUGGCUACCUCACCUCUUCAGAUCAGUUACAGCGCUUCUCAAGACUUUUCAGGCAUUAGAAAUCCACCUUGCGACUGCCAGUCAUGGAAAUCCUAAAGCAGAAGGUCUAUACAAGCUGAUGACAGAUAUAAAUCUGUUAGCGUUCUGUAUCUUUCUACUGGAUGCACUGGACCCAGCGAUGAGGCUUUCCCUCAAGCUCCAAAGAUCUGAUGUGACGCUCUGUGAUAGCCUGUGCUGGAUUGAAAGCACAAUGGAAAUUCUACAAGAAAAGAAAGGAAGAAUAUGGUGAUGAGGACGUUCAACUGGUGUGUUCCCAUUUUGAGAAAACGCUGAAGCGUGCGGUGGCAGAGUUCACACCAGUGGCAGCAAUAAACGAGUGGAAACUUUUGAAGAAACUGGUGCCAAAAAAG